AUGACAGACGUUACUUCAUCUACGGAACCUCCUGCAAAUAAGAUUCCUACAAAGACACUGUUAACUACAGCAGUUGGUGUUUUUGGUGCAAGCUUCAUGGGGGCCAUUUGGUACACCAAACGUAAACAAUCUCGAGAAAUGGCCCAAGCCAUGGCCGAAGCAACUGCUGCCGAGUCGGUGCCCAAUUCAAACGCUGCAUCAUGGAAGCCUCCCAAAAUGUCACCUGCUGAAUAUGCUGCGGCCAAACGCGAUGCCACAUUCUUUGCAUUCAAGACCCUCGGUUACGGCACAUUAUUAGCAUUUGGUUCUUUCGGACUCAUGGCCACCGCAGUAGGUUAUUGGCUCGAUGUACGCAACGUAAGUGACUUGAUACAGUUUAUAUUGCGGACUAAUUGGUGA